CGAAAGCACCUAGAGAAGGCUCUCUCAGCUGCACAGCGAGAUAAGCUGUUACUAAACGAGGCAAAAGAGGAUUCUACAUUUCGCAAAAAUUUGGCAGAAGCAACACGGCAGUCGACAGAAUCUUUUGCAAUUGCAUUAAAGGAUGUGAGCACUUCCAUCAUGAAUGUUGGAAAUGGAAUUUCUCGAUCUAUGGAAAUGAUGUCACAAGCUAUUAUGGCUCAGGUAAUGUCCAAUUCUCAGCCUCGGGGGCCAUUUAAUCAAAAUCUCUUUUACCAACAUGGUGAAAUGUCACCCCCACCCCCAGUAUUUCAAACCCACAAUGGUAUGUACCCUCAUAACCCACCAUGUCCAAGUAAUAGCAACAUUGAACCAAACAACGAAUAA